UCGGAUUCUUCAUGUUCGAGUGUGUGUGUGUGUGCAGGCAAGGGAAAAAAUCGCACCAUUUUUCUCGUGCUCUCUUGCGUGCGUUUUUUGGCCUUUCGAGGAAAGUUUCGGUGGAAGUAUAAUAAACAGAAGCCCAGCUAAAUAUGUAAAAAGUAGUGAAUUAAGUAGUUAUCGAGAAAGCGACGGAAGCUCAGCUGCAAAAUCGAGUUGCAAAUUUUAAUUCGGUCCGAACGUGUGUAACUGUGUCUGUGCGUGCGUGCGUAUGUGAGUGUAUGGGUGAAAAAAUGAGGCGUAGUGAAAAUGCGUGCAAAACUGUAUAAAAGAUUGCUAUGAUUUUAAGGCGAUUGACACAUGUGGUAUAAGUGUAUAAGCGUGCAACUGACCGGUUAAAUUGUCCAUAACUGGAAUUUAACUACACCCUUAAAGCAGCAGGAAGCACUUUUGACUAAAAUGUCAGCCGAGACUGGGAAAAACAUAGCAACAAAUUGAAUAAAUUCGAUUUUGAGUUUCGGAUUUGUUGUCACACAAAUUGUUGGAUAAAAUGUGCAAAAGUGUGUUUGUCAAAUUGUUUAGCCAAAAUUAUUUGUUUACCUAGUUAUUCAGCGUAGCACGAAACUGUUUUCCACAAUUCCCCUUAACAACACACACCUGGCUAAGUUGCACCGGAAUAAUAUAGAACUGAACCAAAAGUUAAAGCCGAAACUCGAUCAAUUGUUCAGCGGCAAACGGAUUAGCAAAAGUAAUAUACCAAUUCUACGACAAAUAGCCCGCCUUCUGACAUCUCUACACACAACUUCACAGCACACACACCCAACAAAAACCUGCAAAAAAAAUUAAAAACAAAAUAAAGCCUUGAAUUUCAAGGAGAUGCUGCUCAAAUUUAAUACUUAAUGUCAAACAACAUCGACGACUCAACAGCAACAAGAACAGGAAAAGGAACAACAGGAAUAACUGUGAGCUAGCGAACAGAGAGCGAGACGGCCUCAUUACACACACCUGUCGUUUAGCCUUAAACGAGUGGGAGAGAGCAUCUUCUGUGAUCGUGUGUGUUGGCCGCAUGCGCGACAUGCGCGGACGCUAAGUGAGUGUGAGUGAGUGCGCGAGUGUGCGUGUGAGUGCGCGGUGAGGAUAAUUCGCUCAAUUCGCACGCAUCCCAUAGAUCCUGCUGAUCCUCCAGUUUGUGCAGCAAACAAAUCUUGCAUUUCGGAUCAAACCAAUCGCCAAACAGCAAGAACAACAACAAGAAGAACAACAACAAGUACAUCAAACGCAGCAGCGGCAGCCGAUAAAAAUUCAUUAUCAAAAUUAACGGAAAGGCGAUCAAGAUCUUGAGUCAAAAUUCAAGCGAGAUUAGCUAGGCAAAAUGCAGCGACGUGAACGGCAAACAAGUGGCGGUGGCCCACAAACGACAACUGCCGGUCCAUCCGCUGGUAAUGUGGCAAAUGCCACCACAGCCCUAGCAGGUGGUAAAAGCUCAAGCAAUAACAUGUAUUCCACCCGCCAAUCUGUAAGCACCACUACCGGUGUACUUAUGGUCGGACCAAAUUUUCGUGUCGGUAAAAAAAUUGGCUGUGGUAAUUUUGGCGAAUUGCGUUUAGGCAAAAAUCUUUACAACAAUGAACAUGUAGCAAUAAAAAUGGAGCCUAUGAAGUCAAAGGCUCCGCAACUACACUUAGAGUAUAGGUUUUAUAAACUAUUAGGAUCACAUGCCGAUAACGCCCCAGAUGGCAUACCACGCAUUUAUCAUUUGGGCACUUGCGGUGGCCGUUACAAUGCCAUGGUUUUAGAGUUAUUGGGAUUAUCAUUAGAAGAUCUCUUCAAUAUUUGCGCCCGUAAAUUUUCACUUAAGACUGUAUUGAUGAUAGCGAAACAACUUCUCCACCGGAUCGAAUAUGUUCAUAGUCGGCACUUAAUAUAUAGGGAUGUGAAACCAGAGAACUUUCUCAUCGGCAGAACGUCAACAAAACGUGAAAAAAUUAUACAUAUAAUUGAUUUCGGUUUGGCCAAAGAAUACAUUGAUUUAGAUACAAAUAGGCAUAUACCAUAUCGGGAGCAUAAGUCCCUAACUGGAACGGCACGUUAUAUGUCAAUCAACACGCAUAUGGGGCGUGAGCAAUCGCGACGCGACGAUCUGGAGGCAUUGGGUCAUAUGUUUAUGUAUUUCUUAAGAGGUUCACUGCCGUGGCAAGGCCUGAAGGCUGAUACACUCAAGGAGAGAUAUCAAAAAAUCGGUGAUACGAAACGAGCAACGCCCAUCGAGGUGCUUUGCGAUGGACAUCCGGAAGAGUUUGCGACAUAUUUGCGUUACGUACGGCGGUUAGAUUUUUUCGAAACUCCCGACUAUGAUUUUCUGCGAAGACUGUUUCAAGACUUAUUCGAUCGUAAGGGAUAUACCGACGAGGGCGAGUUCGACUGGACAGGGAAGACAAUGUCAACGCCCGUCGGAUCUCUGCAAACUGGCCAUGAAGUCAUCAUUUCACCAAAUAAAGAUCGUCAUAAUGUUACGACUAAGACAAAUGCCAAAGGAGGUGUUGCUGCGUGGCCUGAUGUGCCAAAGCCGGGGGCAACACUGGGCAAUCUAACGCCGGCCGAUCGGCAUGGUUCAGUGCAGGUUGUGAGUUCGACGAAUGGCGAACUAAAUCCGGACGACCCCACGGCCGGACACUCAAACACGCCCAUCACACAGCAGCCGGAAGUCGAAGUGGUCGAUGAAACAAAUGGUUCCUUAUAUUCCAGAUGUUGUUGUUUCUUUAAACGAAAGAAGAAGAAAUCGACGCGCCAAAAAUGACUAGACGGUGUACAAUGUAGUCCAGAACGCGAGGCAGUCACCCUGCUGCGCGCCACUUCACAUUCAAACUCACGGGAUAGCGUAUUGAAUAAUCCGAGUCAGGAUUAUAUCCAGCAGGCAACGUCGCAGCACACGUUGCGUUAUCCUCCAUCCGCGUCGAUGUUGACGCCAACACCAACUACAAACACACCGACACUUCCGUUGUAAUUUAUAUAAAUAUAAAGCCAGAUGCAAAAUGCAAAAAGCAACAAAAAAAUAUAUAUAUUAAAUCAAACAAACAAAACGAAACCCAACAACAAAACAAAAAACAAAAGAACCCGUACACAUUAAAUACACACUAAAAAAACAAACAGUAAAAAACAAACAAUUUUGAUUAAUUAUUGUAAUGAUUGUAUUUUAUUAUUAUUUUUAUUAUUUACCAAUUUUGCGUUUAUUAUAUAAAUUAUUAUAAUUAUUAAUUAUAUUAUUAAUUAAUGCUAUUAUAAAUAAAAUGAAAACAAAAUUCAAACGUAAUUCAAACCGACUAGAAGCAAAGUAUCACUCACAUCCUAGGCAGCUCCUCCCAAAAUCCCGUCGGUGUCUUGUGGAGGGAUUCGGAAAGAAAGCUCUUCAAUACCACAACCACUACAACUCCACUACCAAUGCCCCUCAGAAAACCCAAUUGCUCUUAACUGAAGGAAACUUAAACACACACAAAAACCACUUAAAGCAUAUUUAUAUAUAUUAUAUACAUAUAUUAAAGAGACGAAAACAAAACUAGUGCAGCAUCAUUUAAUGAGAGAAAGAAGAAAAAAACAUAUUUAUACGCAACCAACAAACUUGUAAAUUAUAAUGAAUGAAAAGAAAGCGAAAAUAAACAUCAUUUUUUAAAACUA